ACUUGUCUUGGAAGAACUCACACAGAAGCUAACCUUUGGCUUUCGUUUUUGGAACGUGGGCGACCUUUUGGAUGAAACUGAGAAGACCCAGGAAAUACUUGGCAACUUCGUCAGUCAGACAUUAGAAGAUGAAACCGUUAACCCUGGACACAGUCAGAAAAAU